AUGUAUUUGCAGUUGAAGCCGUUCAUAUCCUCACCUACUGCACUAGACCACGCCUUCGCUGCAAUCAUGGACUUCCUACCCUUUCUCAAGGAUCCCGUCCCUGUUUCACUCCCUAUACAAGAGAAACCCGCUCAAAGGGAUAGAAUCAUGCCGACUCUAGAAUACAGACACACGCCGGAGGAACUAAUCGACUUCGCAAUUGAGGGCAAUGUUUCUCGGAUAAACAAACGUGGAGCGGUGGGUGGAGACGAGUCAUUCUUCAUUGCAGACCUCGGUCAAAUCGCUAGACAACAUAGACGGUGGAAGCAAAAUUUACCAAAUAUACGACCUUAUUAUGCGAUAAAAUGCAAUUCAGAUCCUACACUUAUAAAGUCCCUCGCAGACCACGGAACAGGCUUCGACUGUGCUUCCAUCGAAGAAAUCCGAACAGUCCUCAAUCUAGGCGUUGAUCCUGCACGUAUCCUCUUUGCGAAUCCAUGUAAAUCAGCAGCUUCGUUGGUUUUCGCUAGCCAAAUGCGUGUACAACGCACAACAUUCGAUAAUAUCGAUGAACUAGAUACGAUAAAGAUGCAUAUGCCUGAAGCUAAACUUUUGCUUCGAAUCUACGCCAAUGACGAUAGUGCUCUUAUUUGUUUUGGGGAUAAGUUCGGUGCUCCGCUUGAUACUACAAGUAUUUUGUUGGCGAGAGCGAAGGAGUUGGGAUUUGAGGUUGAGGGAGUUAGUUUUCAUGUUGGAACUGGCGCCAAAAACGCAGAAGCAUUCAGCAGCGCAAUCCGUCACGCCGGCGAAGUUUUCAAACAAGCAAAUCUCUUAGGAUUCAAUCCAACAAUCCUAGAUAUAGGCGGUGGUUUCGAAGAUAGCAGUUUCGAAUCCAUAUCCGCACACAUAUUAUCAUCUCUCCGUGCAGAGUUCCCCACAGGUGUAACAGCCAUUGCUGAACCGGGCCGUUUUUAUGCCCGAAGCGCAUACACGCUUGUGUCGAGGGUUAUUUCCCGAAGACGGCAGAUGGGUCUUGCGGCGCAGAAUGGGGCUUUGGAUAUGCUUUAUCAGAAUGAUGGGGUUUAUGGGAGUUUUAUGAAUGUUAUUAUGGAGAAGGAGGUUAUGGUUCCUGUUUUGGUGAGGGGGAGCGGAGGUAGUGGACUGAAUGGGAAAGGCAAUGGGAAUACGGACAAGAGAGAGAUCUUGAAGGAAAAGAAGGAGUAUAGAUAUUCUAUUUGGGGUCCGACAUGUGAUGGGGUUGAUUGUGUGGCCAAGGAGGCUAGUUUUGGAUCUGAGGUUCGGAUUGGAGAUUGGUUGAAGUACAAUGAUAUGGGUGCAUACACUAGUACGACGGCAACUAGGUUCAAUGGGUUCAGUUCUUCUUUGGACACAUUCUAUAUUAACAGUGAGACGAUGUCGGGGUUAUAA